AUGGUGACAUCAAUCAUCAAAGCUGCGACUGCUUUGUUGUUUGUACCGUUCGUUUCCGUCAACAGUCUGACCACCACAAGCAGCAGGGCCAACAAGGGGCAGAUCAUCAGGAAUGUUGUGACAACCAACGACACGACGCCUUCCCAUGAUUCAAAGCAGGAGGGCAGGUCUAUUCUUCGAUAUCGCGGCACCUCACCAGGUAAAGCAGUCAAGUCGGGGACCGACCUCCGUAUCCUAUGCGCCGGCGACUCUAUCACAGUCGGGUACCUCAGCAAUCAAUAUGGCGGAGACGGCAAUGGAUACCGAGAACAGCUCAGAGAGGACCUAUCCAAGGACGUUGUCCAGUUUGCUGGUACGGAAAAGGCUGGAAAGAUGACCGAUGGCUAUUUUGCGGCAUGGUCAGGAAAGACAAUCCAAUACAUUGCGGACCAUAUCGGCCCUUCGUUGAAGCAGCAACCAAACGUCAUCCUACUGCAUGCCGGCACAAACGACAUGAACUCAAACAGCGCCAUCUCCACCGAAGGAAACGACCCAAAGGCCGCAGCCAGCCGUCUCGGCUCUCUGGUUGAUCAAAUGAUCACAGGCUCUCCUCGCGCCACCAUCUUGGUUGCUAUGAUCGUCAACACCUGUGUUCAAGACCAGUCGAACAGGACCAAGGAGUACCAACAGCUGAUUCCAGGCAUCGUCAAGGCGCGUAGAGAUGACGGUCACCACGUGCUGGCUGUGGACUUUACAGACAUCUCCGUGGAGUCCCUCCGGGACUGCGUCCAUCCGACCAACCCGGGAUAUAAGCUGUUGGGGGACUACUGGUACGACUUUAUGAUGCAGAUCCCCAAGGACUGGAUCGAAGCUCCUCUGGGGGCUGCGCCAGUCCGCAACGGCGUUCACAGGAACACUCCGGCAGUCGCUUUGGUCCUGAUUGUUCUCAUGGUUCCUCAGUUUCUAUAG